AUGAUUAAAGUAAUUUAAAAUAGAUUAUUAUGACUCGUAGAGNAAGAUAAGCGAUAAGGCCAACUAAAUAAUAUUUCUAAUUUGGUAUGGUUUUAAAUUUUGAGACAAUCAGUUAUAAAUAAACACAUAUUACUUUUAUAGCAAUCCGCCCGACCGCUUUUGUUGAUAAAUACGUGCCGAAUAGGUUUUAUAAAAAAAUAUGCAAUGACGUAGAUAAAGAUUAUAUUUAACAGUGAUGUAUAAAAAUUGAUGAUAAAAAUAAACGUGUUUACGUUUUAAAGAAUUUGAACGAAACCCGUUGGUCAUGUCGGACAGACGCAACAAAAGCUGUUGUAUUUGCUUACGAUUAUAUAAAAGAAGCUUUGGUAGAAAUUUCAAACGAUCUUGAUCAAAAAGACAUUGUUAAAAUCCAAUCUAAAAAACUUUACGAAUCAAUGUGUCAAUUUGAAGUGGCAUUUUAUGCAAUUUUUUGGAAUUAUAUUUUAGAGAGGUUUGAUUCAACAAAUCAUAUUUUACAAGACCCAAAAAUAGUUUUUCAAACUGCUGUAAAUGCUCUUAAUUCUAUUUUAUCAUUUGUCCGAGAAAUACGAAACGAAUAUGAAGAAUACGAAAAAAAGGCAAAAGACAUGUCAGGAUUAAAAGAUUAUGCGCCAAUUCAUAAUCGGAAAAAAAAUGUUAGACCCAGUUCAUUAAAUAAUAAUCAAACAGCCUCAACUCAGUUAUUACCAAGAGAAAAAUUCAGAUCAGAAAGCUUCAUAUCAGUAAUUGAUCAAUUGACAGUAUCAUUAACCGAAAGAAUAGUUGCUUACGAAACAAUUUGUCAACGUUUUGGUUUUUUAAAUACAUUUGAAAAAUUAGAAACUCCUGAGCUACAAUCUGCUGCAAAUUAUCUUGUUAGCAUUUACCCCAAUGAUUUAGAAUCUUCACUCGGUAAUGAAUUCAUACAGUUCAGUUCGUUUGUCAAAAUAUAUGUAGAAACGCGUAAAGAUAAUGAGCAAUAG